AUGUAGUAUACAUAUAGAUUGUAAUAACGACAACGACGAAAAAAAAAGAAAAUUAAACAAAAGAAUUUGAUUGCACGAUUAACGAAUUAGAAACGUCGAAAUGAAUUUCGAAGAAAAAAUAAGGAGGAUACGAGGAAAAUAAAAUGAGGCUUAUCGAAAAUUAGGACUCGAAUCGACUCGUCCGUCUCUCUUCUCGAAAAAUCAACCGCUCGUUAACAAAAACUGACCUCUCAAGCAGGCCAUGGUUUUUCGUCACUCGUAGCUCCGGGUUUUUCCAUGUUUUUUUUCCAUCACAAUUGUAAAGCAUAUCUCUCGAAAUUUAUUCAGAACUAAACAUUUUUACUAGGAAAAUACAAAAUACUAUAUCGUUCCGAAUAUUUUGUAAUAAAAACUUAUCAAACUAUUCUGAUAGUCUCGCGCAUGAUUUUCGCGAAGCAUCGUUAAUUCUAUUCGUAUUAUAAACGAAUUGUGAAUGGAAAAGGAAUGUUCGAAAGCGUUCGAAGCAUUUCAUUUGGAAAAGUAAAAUUUAAUGGUCCUUAAAAAGGCUGUUUUUCUAUUGAAAUCCUUGCAAGCGGCUAGCGGAAAAAAGAAGUUGGUCUCUCACAGGCAUUUUAUCGGUGUCCGAGGCAGGAAUCAUCUAUCGUUAGCCGUACCGAGGAGUCUUAGUAGACAAUCCUGACCCCCCGUGGCCGUCGGGGUUUUUCUACCUCUCUCGUUUUUUAAUGCAAAAAAGAGAAACUUUUCCACGGCGAAUCUGUGGUUCCAUCGAUAUUUCAUCGCCCUUUGCUCGAGAUUACAUCUGUACGCGGAUGAACUUUUCUUUCAGAGCUUUAUAAAUACAUAAAUACAUAAAUACAUAAAUAAUUGUAAUUAAUGUUCUUCCAAAUUUUACUAGUCUUUUCCAUGUCUUUAGCAAUGUAAAUUUACCAAGUAGCGUAAUUGUGAACGUUUAUUGUAAGUGUAUUGCGAAUACACUUGGACUUGUUCCCUUUUAUAGUAUAAACAGUUGUAACAUCGCGUCAAUCGACGAUAAAUACGAAGCUGGCGUUUAACCGUCGAAACGUUUCGACUACAGUUCGUGUAAUGUAAAAGUUAUAGCUUUUCGAAUAUCGAAAUUGUCAAGCGAACAUAGCCGGUACAUACGGUACACGCGUGUCGUAUAAGCCCGAAGCGAGAAAUUAUUUGAACAAUUUAUUUGAUAUAACUGUAGAUAGCUAGUUUUUCGAUUGUUUGUAAACGACAUACGUAUACAUAAUAAAUAAUAGGCGAAAAUAACUAAUAAGCGUUUGGAAAACGAAAACAAAUGAAUUUGUAGGCAGUGGUCGCGUACAUCUGCGUAGCAUCUGCGUCGCAAAAAGGGAGCGUUUUACAAGGUCGUAGGCAGGUAUUGAAAAAGAGGAAAGGAACGGACGAGAACCCCUGGGUUUAGGGACGGGUCGAACGGUUCCCAACGGUCGAGUUUCGAAUAGUACGCGCUUGAAUAUUUUUGCGGAUUCGAAAGCUUUCCUAAAUUACCUUCGGGUCUCGUAGUUUCCCGGCAAAGGUGCCGUUAUACCUUUUAAAGGAUAAGCAGACAAAGCGGGUGUAUGCAUGUAUAUAUAGCAAUGCGAUGGCUAGAUUUUACACAGUUUACCAAUGAUUUCGGCAAGCGUAACAACCGUCUUCCUCUUCGUUGCUGCUCUAACGUUGGACCGCGACGUUAGUUGUAGUUCAACGUCGCUAAAUUCGUUGGAAAAUAUCGGAAAAAGCAAUCGUUCGGUCGCGAACGACGAUAGCGAUGUCGAGGAUUUUCCAGUACCAACGGAUGACGAACUGGACACGGAGAGGAUCUUUGGAGGACGAUACGCGAGGCAAAAUCAGUUUCCGUUCAUGGUGGCAGUGCAUCGAUUGUUAGGCAGAGGAAUGGUUUCGCAAUGCGGUGGAACCAUCAUUACUCCGAGAUGGGUAUUAACGGCUGGUCAUUGCGUAGCAUAUCCAUCUCGACAAUUUCUCGUUGUCUUCGGGGUAAACGAUAAGACCGGUAUGGGAUAUAAUUUCUACAAAGGACCCGGUGUUUCGAUGAUGACCAACAAAGCAUACCUGCAUUCUGCUUUCAAACCGACGAUAAACGAUAUCGGUUUAUUGCACAUGCCACGCAAUAUACCGUUCGCGGAAAAUAUACAAUCGAUUCAAUUGGCUGGUAGCAGCUAUAUCGAAGACAGUUUCGUCAAUAGAAUGGGCAUAGUUAUCGGAUGGGGUAAAGAUCGAUUCGUCGGAACAGGAACAAAGAGAUUGAAGUAUGCUACCUUGCCGAUCAUUUCCAAUUCUCGAUGCAGCUUAUUUUGGGGUAUAACAAAGAAACACGUGUGCACGGCAGCGAAUUACGGCCAAGAUGCCUGUCAGGGUGAUAGCGGAGGUCCUCUAAUCGUAGUAGAAAACGGUGUUCCCCUUCAAAUUGGAAUCGUCAGUUACGGAGACGCGAAUUGUCCUAGCAACAGACCCGGCGUUUUUUCCAGAAUCACCGGUUACAUCGACUGGAUCCGAUCCGUUACAGAAAUAGUGGAGAAAUGCCGAGACAUCGAACAGUUCAGCAUGCAUUUUCUGCUAGUGUCCGUCUUUCUGUUGCUCCGUUACGGCGCUUGCGAGAAAAUUCUUGAAAAAAAUCCACUCGAUGUAUCUUCCGUUAACGAAGAUGCCCAAGCGAACGUUGUCGAAUCGACAUUUUCAACGGACCCGUACGAUACAGAGAAGAUAGCAGGCGGUUAUUACGCCGAAGACGAACAGUUUCCUUUUAUGGCGGUCGUUCAUCGAUUGCUAGGCCAUGGUGCUAUCUCUCAAUGUGGCGGUACCGUGAUUUCGAGACGAUGGGUAUUAACGGCGGGGCAUUGCGUCGCUAGUUUGCCGCAUAAAUUUCUCGUCGUUUUUGGAAUCAUCGACAAGGCAGGCAUAGGGUACAAUUUUAAUUACGGCCCAGGUGUCUCGAUGAUCGCGACGCGAGCCGUAACGCAUCCGCGAUACCGUCAGAGCACCAACGACAUUGGCUUGAUAUACAUGCCUCAAAACAUACCGUUCACUCAAAAAAUUCAACCGAUACGACUGGCCAGUUACGACGAGGAAGGGGAAUCGUUCGCGAACCUGAACGCCUACGUGGUAGGAUGGGGAAAGGAUCGACAGAAUAGCUUCGGUACAAGAGUUUUGAAAUACGCUGUAUUACCUAUAAUCAGUAACGGCGAAUGUAAUCAAUUUUGGCGCAUAGACGAUAGGAAUAUAUGUACAGCAAAUGACUUCGGACAAAAUGCUUGCCAGGGUGACAGCGGCGGACCACUGCUCGUUACAAUGAACAAUAGACCGCUACAAGUUGGCAUCGUGAGCUACGGCGACGGCAUGUGUCCUAGCGAAAGACCGGCAGUUUUCACGAGAGUUUCGACUUUUAUAUCGUGGAUCGAACACGUUACCAGAAUCUAUUAUUGAGCCUUCGCAAAUACAGAUAGCGUGCUUUCGAAAACUUUCCAAGUCACCACAUUCGGAAAUUCUACCUUCGAACUCCGAUUUACUAUAUUUCCUAAUAAAUAUACCUAGAUUUCCACAGUUCAUAUAUCGUAAAAAAUACAACGAAUCAUACUUUGUAACUCGAAAUAUAUAUUUUACUUAUAUUAUAUUAUACCAUAUUGUAUUGCAACUAAUAAAGUUACUCACUAUGCAAAAAGAGAUAAUAAAAAUUGAACGCGAUACAU